UCUCCCGUACUGUACAAUACAGCAUCGCGUACCCAACUCCCAACCAAAUCCCCAAUCCCGAACUCACCACCCGUUCCGUCCCCUUCCCGACCUCGCCGAGGAGCCUCCCCACCCCAAACCCUAGCUUCUCGCUCCCCCACCCCCCAGCAUGGAGGACGAAGACGCCGGCCCCGGCGGCGGGGGCGAGGCCUCCCCUCCGCACCACGCCGCGGCGUCGGGCGACCGGGCGCGGGACAUGGCGGCGUCCCCGACGAGCUCGCGGUCCGUGACGCAGACGGUGAACGGGUCGCACCGGUUCGUGAUCCAGGGGUACUCGCUCGCCAAGGGCAUGGGCGUGGGGAAGCACAUCGCCAGCGAAACCUUCACGGUGGGCGGGUACCAGUGGGCGAUCUACUUCUACCCCGACGGGAAGAACCCCGAGGACAACUCCGCCUACGUCUCCGUCUUCAUCGCCCUCGCGUCCGAGGGCACCGACGUGCGCGCGCUCUUCGAGCUCACGCUCCUCGACCAGAGCGGCAAGGGCAAGCACAAGGUGCACUCCCACUUCGACCGCUCCCUCGAGUCUGGGCCAUACACCCUCAAGUACCGCGGAUCCAUGUGGGGCUAUAAAAGGUUCUUUCGGCGCACUGCUCUUGAGACAUCAGAUUUUCUUAAAGAUGAUUGCUUGAAGAUAAACUGUACUGUGGGUGUUGUAGUAUCAACUAUGGAUUAUUCUAGACCACACGCGAUAGAGGUUCCAGAGUCUGACAUAGGUUAUCAUUUUGGAACGCUUUUGGACACUCAGGAAGGUGUAGAUGUUAUUUUUAGAGUAGCAGGAGAGGAGUUUCAUGCCCACAAGUUGGUAUUGGCUGCCCGAUCUUCCUUUUUUAGGUCAGAGUUUUUCGAUCAUGAAUCAGAUGAAGAAAAGAAUGAAGCUGAUGGGAGUAAUGAAAUCAAAGAGAUUGUCAUUGAUGACAUGGAUCCUAAAGUGUUCAAGGUAUGUUUCUAUUUCUGUGGCCUCAUACCCCAUUUCAUUGUUGAACAAACUUUGGGAUUUUGUAUUCAUCUGUGCAAAUAUUCUCUGUUGCAGGCUGUGCUUCAUUUUAUCUACAGGGACAAUCUUGUUAAUGAUGACGAGUUAUCUGCAUCAAGCUCUGACUGCUCUAUAUUUGAUACUUUAGCUGGAAAGUUAAUGGCUGCAGCAGACAAAUAUGAGUUGCCAAGGCUAAGAUUGUUGUGUGAGUCUUACUUGUGCAAGCAGAUUUCUGUAAACUCUGUGGCAACUACUCUAGCAUUGGCUGACCAGCACCAUGCUAUGGAGCUUAAAUCUGUUUGCCUCAAAUUUGCUGCUGAAAAUCUUUCAGCUGUGAUCCGGACUGAGGGGUUCGAUUGCCUCAAAGACAAUUGCCCAUCGCUGCAGUCAGAGAUACUGCGAACGGUUGCCGGAUGCGAGGAGCAAUGCAUCAGCGGUGGGAAAAGCCACAGUGUAUGGGCGCAGCUCUCGGACGGUGGCGACACCAGCGGCCGCAGGGUGAGGCCGAGGGUCUGAGCUGAGGCAUCACCGGCUCGCCGCCGUGAAACCGUGAUCAACUGACCUGUGUAAUCAAAGCUGCUGUAGUGUAAAUGUGGACAGGGUACCGAACAGCCAUGUGAUUUGUGACAACGCUUGAAAUAAUAUAAUUAGCAUCUUGCUUGUUGCCA